UUGAGCAUGGCGCCUGUGUGCAGGAGCUCAAAACCAGCCAGGUCAACGUUGGAAAGAUCAACGCUGCAGCAGAAAUGAUGCAGUGCUCGGCAGUCAUGGACGUCCUCUUUCUCGUGGAUGGCUCCCACAGCAUCGGGAAGGGCAGCUUCGAACGGUCCAAACACUGCGCGGUCAAGCUGUGCCAAGCACUCGACGUUGGGCCAGACAAGGUGCGAGUCGGGUUGCUUCAGUUUAGCUCCAGUCCUCGGCUGGAGUUCUCCUUGGACUCGUACUCCACCAAACAGGAGCUGAAGAAGCACAUAAGCAAGGUUUCCUACAGGGGAGGCAGCACCCAGACAGGCCUGGCUCUGAAAUACAUUCUGAGAAAGGGUUUUCCAGGGGGCCGGAACUCCAGCAGUGUCCCGCGCAUCCUCAUCCUCAUGUCAGAUGGGAGGUCUCAGGGUGCUGUGGUCCAAGCAGCGGCGCAGCUUAAAGAGACAGGUGUGGUCUUGUUUGCUAUUGGCCUGCGGUACCCAAGGUGGGAGGAGCUACAUUCAUUUGCCAGUGAGCCAACUGAAAGUCAUGUCUUCUUUGCUGAACAUUUCCAGGAUGCCGUCAACGGCCUGUACACGACUCUGAGCGCUUUCUCUGCCUGCAACGCGACACCUCCAGGCUGUCUGAUGGAGUCGUUCCCAUGCGAGAGGAAAACGCUGGAGACCGUGAAAGAGCUGCAGGGGAAUUUCAUGUGCUGGAAAAGUUCCAAGGGUUAUUCCCCGUACUCAUCUCUUUGUCCUUACUACAGUUACAGGAAGGUUUAUAAGGGACACCCCUCAGUUUGCCAUCGAACCAUUUGUCCAGAUCUCUGCGACUCUCAGCCCUGUCUGAACGGUGGGACGUGUGUAUCGGAAGGUCCGGAGGGGUACCGCUGCGUGUGCCCACCCGGCUUUGGUGGAGACCCUCACUGUGCUCCUGCGUUAUUAYUGGACUGUUCUGUGGAUUUGCUCUUCCUGCUGGAGGGCUCUGCUGCGCUCACGCUAGAAGGCUUCCUGCGCUUCAAGGCCUUCCUGAAGCGCUUCAUGCAGACUGUCAUCGGCUCUGACAGCCCCAGUAAAGUCGGCCUGGCYGUGUUCGGGGGAGAGACUCGAGUAGAGGCCCAGGUUGGAAGGUUUAGGGGGGACCUGAGGGCUCUUCUUAAGGCGGUGGAUUCACUUCAACCUCCUGGUGGUCAAACCCUGACAGGCGAGGCUCUCCGUCACGUGACCCAUCAUGGCUUCUUUGCUGACGUCUCUGAGGACCUUCCUCGCGUCGUGGUGUUGCUCUCCUCCACUCCUGCUGCCGACGACGCGAUCGAGGCCUCUAAAUACGCUCGGGAUAGAGAGACCUUCCUGAUAGGGGUUGGACCUGAUGACUUAAAGGGGCAACUGGACAACAUAACAGGAAAUCCUCAGAGGACUGUCACGUAUUCAUCACCUGACAGACUUAUUGGGAAGAUCCCCGAGCUGAAGGCCAAGAUCUGCAGUGUGGAUGCACAAGGUUGUCUGAGUCAGGCAGUGGACCUGGUGAUUGCCCUGGACGCCUCAGCCGGUGUCGGUCGGGAGAACUUUGACACCCUGAAGGACUUUGUGCGCAGCCUCAGCGUUCAGUUCGACAUCAACCGGGACGUCGCUCAAGUAGCCCUGGUCGCCUACAGUCGGAGACCCAACACCGUGUUCAGCUUGGACGCCCACGAGUCCGGCUCGGCCAUCCUCGGCGCCGUAGGUCGGGCAGACUACAUGGGCGGGGUGGCGUCCACGGGUUCAGCUCUGCUCCACAUCUACUCCAACGUGCUGACUGUAGCUAACGGCGCGCGGCCUGGAGUCAACAAGGCGGCGGUGGUGGUGACGGAUGGCUCAAACGGGGCCGAUGCCGUGGUGCCGGCUCAGAAGCUGAGAGACGACGGCGUUUCGGUUUUUGUGGUUGGCAUCGGAGACGUGCAGCGGGAGAGACUGGUGCAGAUCGCAGGUUCGGAGGACCGCAUGGUCUCCGUGCCGUCCUAUGAGGAUCUCAAGUACUUUGAGGAUGUUCUGGUGCAGAUGCUGUGCUCAGAGGUGAAGAAGCCUGUGAACCUGUGCAAGCCCAACCCAUGCAUGCAUGAUGGGAUCUGCAUUCUGUCACCGGCGAGCUUCCAGUGUCAGUGCAACGGCUACGAAGGACCACAUUGUGAAAUAAGAAGCAGCAAGUCUCCACCCAGAGGGGAUGUUCCGAGACCCUCCAGUCUGAGGAAGAAGAGCAGACGGAAGAAGAGCCACCAGGAGGUUCUGCAUCACUAUAAACUACAUCGUCGGAGAGACACUGUCUGACAUGCACACAACAAACAAAACAAAACAAAACAAGGAAACAGAAUUUUUACACCAAAACAAACCAAAAAAAGGAACAUUUCARAAACAAGAUGUUUGAAGAGUAAGGGGGAACAAUAUUGCAGUUUUUUCCUGGUAUUUAAAGUUGCACACAGUUUUAAUGUCUUGUUUUUUAUUGUUAUUAUUUCUUUGCCAAUUUUUACACUAAUUUGUUUUACAGUUUGAAAAUAUCUGAGGAUUUAAAGUUAAAUUUAUCAUUUUUGUAAAUCCUAUUAUUUUUUAAUUAUUUGUAAAGUCUAGCUACCACAACUUCUGUCCUUCUGCAACCAAACACGGCAACAUGUUUCAUCUGUUUUCAUCUAUUAAGGCUUGUUUUCAUGUAAUCUUAUGUUUUAGUGGAAACAUUUAACAUUUUGGAAAUGUACAGUUCAAUUGAUUUCAGUUUGAUACACUACUUGCCAAAUUCGAAAACAUUCACAACUGUUUUAAAAAGUGUUUAUGUUGAAAUGAAUCAGACUGUUUAACCAAUAAAACGCCAUCAUAAUUUUAACGCCUA